GUGGCCUUGGUCCCCACCGACGGUUCGAGGGUCCGACUGGGAAACCCUAGGCUUCUGCACUCACAAAUGGAAGCAAUCUCAUCAUCAUACCGCGAUGUGACUGAGGUCAAGCCUUACUCAUCGGGCGGCGUCUUGAUCCGUACUGAAAGCCUUCGUGUUGCCGUCGACUUCCUGUCGUGCUCCCACUUCGGGUCUUCCGCGGUGAAGUCGUUCAUCCCCUCUCACCUUGUCUCGAUUAAGGGCGUCAUUCGCGGUGUGGACACCUCACUUGCGGUUGGAGACCUUUUGGAAUCAUUCUCCUCUGUGCAUGCCAUCUCCGUGCAGCGUUGUUCUAAAGUGGACGGGGGGCAGCGCAUUUCCUUGCCCACAGUCAUCGUCUCAUUUGCUGGCUUUACGCUUCCUGCGGAGAUCAAAGUAUGGCCUCUUAUCUUUCCCGUGUUCUCUUUUACUUCGCACCCCCGUCAAUGUACCAAUUGCUAUCGCUUCGGUCACGGCGUUCGUAGUUGUCGCUCCAAGGCUCGAUGUCGAAAGUGUGGAGGUGAGCACAAUGAACCCGACUGUACGUCCCCAACGAUCACCUGCUGUCAGUGCCACCAGUCACAUUUUGCGGAUUCUCCUUCAUGCCCGGCUAGAGAGUCCGAGCAAUGCCUCUUGUCUGUUAUGGACCAGCGGCAUUGCUCGAGGCAGGAUGCCAUACGCGUGGUAUCUGGGCGCGGCGCAUCCUACGCGUCCGCGGCCAGCGCCGCUAGCUCUGUCCCUGUAGCCCUUAAUCAGUCGUUCCUCAUUGAUCUCAUCAAGACUUGUGUCACGCAGGCGCUGGAAAAGUUCUUCAGCUCUCUCAUUCCCACCGCUGCCGUCGCUAGUGCCUUGCAGUCGACUUCGGCUGCUAACGAGCCUCGACCACAGGAAGGCGCAUCAGGUGUAGCCUGCACCAGCGUGCAGCUGCCGGAUAGGCCGUUUCCUGAUGCUUCAUCUCUUCUUUCUACUGACGGCUCCGAGAUGGACCUUGCGGGCCCCUCGCCUUCGGCUGAAGGUCAGGCAGGUCAGCUUUCUCCAUCGUGUAGAAGACGGAAAAGGCGGAGACGCAGGGAUAAGGCAGGGAAGCCUGAGGAUAUUCUGACCCAGCUAGUCCAAACAACAAUCGUCAAUGAUUCUCAGCCUUAGCGUCAUUCAGUGGAACUGCCGUAGCGUGUUAUCGUCUCUAGUUGAUUUGCACCUCGUCAUUCAGGUCGUCAUUCCAUUCCCCCGCUCAUCUUUUAUUCAGUCAUUUCACUCAUCUCAUCCUCUCAUCGCUUCACGUCACCACCGUCACCAUCAACCAUCAACUGGGCCCUCAUGUCACGAUCCGUGGCCAAUUGCCCCGUGCUAUGCGCCACUGCGGAGAAAGACGAAGAAGAAGAAGAAGGCACGCGCUGAUGCAUUCCACAAUUUGUCACGAGAUAGCUUUGACGCGUUCCUGGAGUGCGACGACCUAGACUUCCGGGACCUCAAGUGGGCCUUCGCGGUGCUCUGUCUCCUGUGUUCGCACUGCGACCGUGGCUCUCCUAGACUUCAGGACCUUCUUAGGAAGACAGCUACAUCUGAAAACUUUGCGAGGAAAACGCUUCCAAAAUUUGCGUUCGAGGUUUCGUCGCUCGAAGACUGUUCUCAGCAGCUGGAAUCCCUCGUUCACCUACUGGACGUCUUGGAGGCCAUAAAGAAAUUUGUUCUGAAUACGGACACCUUCCUUAGCCUACUACCCUACACAAUGGCGAUGGUUGACUCAUUGCGUGAAUCACAAUUAGGCAUCGACGACAUCUACAAUAGGGCCGUGAAGUUGGAAGCGCUUGCGACGAGUGGCGCCAUGCUGGGUGGACAACGCGUGUUGUCCCACCCGGACUUCAGAACUCUCCCAGUCGUUCCAGCAUCUGAAGAGUUGCUAGCCAGAGAAUUGCCUCAUUUGACGCCUAAUCGUGUCCGUGGAUCGUAUAAUAGCACGGAGAACUACCUGAACGUCCAGUUUAGGCUGCUUCGUGAGGAUUUUGUCCGUCCGCUUCGGGAAGGGAUAAGGGAGUGCGCCCGGGCACAGCAAGUCCGUGGACAUAGAUACAGGAAAGAAAUAUUCCGCAAGUUGGACGGCGUCAACGUCCAUUCCGGCGUUGUCGUCAUUUCCUCUUCCGUCAACGCAGAUGGAAGGGUAUACGUCGUGCAGUUCGACGCCUCGAGUUUCUCAAAGAUACGCUGGAAGGAAACGAGGCGCUUCAUUCCCGGAUCGCUUCUUUGCUUCAGUAAGGACAACUUCGAGACAAUCCAGGUGGCCACGGUGUCGCGUGCCAGUCAAAGUAUGCUCGGCAGGGGCGUCGUUGAAGUCACAUUCUGGAAUUGUAGCUGCGAAGUCACGGGCCAGUUUGUUGUUCUGGAAAGCAUCGCAUACUUCGAGGGUUAUCGUCAUGUAUUCCAGGCUCUGCAAAACACGCACGUUCUUCCACUUCCAAAAGCACAUCGUAGGUGCGGAAUCCGUCGUUUUCCAUCCAAGUUACGUGAACAAUCGUUACGUGAACAAACGUGAACAAUCGUGACGACGUU